UAUAUUAACAAAAAAUCAACAACAUAACAGUUGCGCAUUAUGUUAUAUUCCAAGUGUAUGUCUGUCACUUGAAUAAUUCCAAAAGCGCAUGUUAAAUAAUCUUUAUGUGAAUUAAAUAUCGGGUAUGAACUGCCUACGAGUGCUGUUGCUCAUUCCAAGGCCUGAAGAAUACAACCAUGGAAGGAGGUCCAUCUAUCAGUGACUAUUCGUGUUCAAUAAGAAAAAGAAGGUCAUGCAACAAGAUAUCAGAUUCUUAUUCUGCCAUUCAAGAUGGUGCAAGAAAAUCCGCUCGAAGUGGCUCUAGUUACAAACAAUGUUUGAUUGUGGAUAACAGUGAUGUCAACUGUGUGGAAGAAAAGGAUGUUGGUCAUGAAACUAUGAAAAAGGAUGGCACAUCUCAUAGUUUGUAUGCAGCAUUGAAUUCUAUUAUAGACUCCCCCCAAAAAACAUGGUCAGGCAACAAGAGAUCUCAUUCUGAUUCUGCCAUGGAAGACAGAGCGCUAAAGUUAGCUACAAGUGACUUAAGUAACAAACAUAAAACUAUGAUACAUUUAAAUAAAAAAUUGAAAGAUUCUUUGAAAUCCAUCGAUACCUGCCUUGAAUCUUCAGCUGAAGUUUGUGAACGUUUUACACGUUCAAAAUCCAGAAGACAAGGUCGAGUUAAUACUAAUGAUAGAUUAAUUGAUGUGUUAGACUUAAAUAUGAACACCACUUAUGCAAAAAGUCCAGGUCAGACAAAGAAACAUUCCGAUAUUGAACAUGCGAUUCAUAUAGAAGAGAUAUUGUCAGAAAUAAGGAAAAUAAGAUCUCCCCGAAAAACAGAAAACUGUGACAACACUGAAAUAGCCCGCUUUGAGCAUACAUGUACUAGUCUUCCCAAAAGUGUAGGUGGUAAUUUGGAAUUAGAAACCAUUAUAAACACAAUCAAUAAAUCCGAACAUAAUAGCCUUUUUCAUGGAGAAGCUUGCAGGUAUUACACAAAUCGUCUUGAAAAUCUUAACAUAGAAAUGGCUGAAUCAGAUUUAAACAGCAUUUUGAAUGAAAAGGCAAAUGUUAAUGCUUCUACGUUGGAGGCUGAGAACAAAGAUUUGGAAUCUGAAGGCGGCUGUGUGCAUGAUUCAGUUGAACUGCAUCAGAUUUUGGGGACAGAUCCUUCCAUGUCUGAUCUCUCAGGCUCUGACAGCGAUAAUGACAGUCUGCCAGAUUUGACUUACUUCCUUUCACCAAGAAAGAAUUCCAUACCUGUUCCAACAACAACUCCCUGUGACCUUGAACAAUCAGUGACCCCUGUUGACACACCCUUGGAAUGUUUGGAUUCCAAAGAGAGUAAUACCAUUACCUGUGACCCAGAAGUCGAUGACGUAAAGCCCAGUCUGUGCAUGGCAAAGACGGGGCAAAAGAGAAAGAAACGUCCCAAAGAUGAACUGUCAAAGAAGGGAAAAGAAAGACAACGGCGGAUAAGAGAAAAAAAUGAUGUUGUUGUACGGUUUCUCACCUCGGCAGAAAUGAAGAGACACUUGACGAAAAUCCUGUCUAGUAAAGAGCCCAGCACCAUGCACGAUGAGUAUAAGAAGGCAACUCCACGAGAGCGCAGUGUUAUGCAGCAGCGGGGAUUCGGCCCUCUUGACGACGAAGAUCAGAUAGAGACGGUUCUGAACACUUAUGUGGACUGGGUCCGAAAGAUGGGAUUAGAACCGGUUAACUAUGUAAACUACUUCUUUGCUGUUUGGAUACCUGAGGCUAUUGUAUAUUAUUUCCGCAAACAAAAAAGGUACUCCAGACCGAAGGCCUUAGAGAUGUUUUAUAAAGGGUAUCGGAGGACCAAAGAAGAGCGGCAGGUUUUGAUGGCAAGCCUGCGCAAAACCAGAUAGCUUCACCGUUUGCAAUAAACAUUCUGUGCCGUCAUUAAUAUCAACUCUGUACUGUCAUUUAAAGGCGUUGGUGUUCAGAGCUUGCUGUAAAAGAAGUUUGAGAGUAAUUUGUUCCCAAUGUUUGACUCAUGACUUCAAAAUUGCAGCCAGAAGAUCAUGGGCUAGUUGUGAAAAAACACACUUGUUUCUGUUUUCUUCUGAGUAAAUUGGCAUAUAAACACCUACCAUAUUGAAAAACUACUGACCUUUUUCAAACUUCUGUAUUGUUAUCUAAAUUUCCAAAGUAAUAGGCCAGGAAGUUCAGACUUGAAAGCCAAUGUAAGAUGUGGUUAUUAAAUAAGGGUGUAAAAGAAGUGCCUUGUGGGCUUAAUACAAUUCUAUAUUGAAGGAUUUAGGAAAUGUUAAUAGUUAAUAAUAAACAGGAUUUUUUUAAGUGAAUAGAGAUUGGCAUGAUGUGUGUUCUUUGAUGCUCUUGUAGCCCACGCAAUAAUGUAUUUUUAAAAUAUUUGUUCUAAUAUUAAAGUAUCUAUUUGCUGCUAGAGCUAACACACAGUCUUGAUUCAAACUGUACACGCUGUUUGCUCAUAUGACUGCUGUGAUACAAUCCCAGUUUCUUAAACAAUUUGUAUAAAAUAAUGUAUUUAUGUUCCUGUCAGAGUAUAGACAUAGUUUCCAAUAAAAAUGCCAUGAUGUACAAAAUAUGGCGCUUUCUUUUAUUAUGCUGCCCACAUAUUUAUAUAUGGUGAGCAUAAUAGUUGCCAGUUUGGGGCUCCUUCUUACUUCCGUCACACUUUUGUUACCGUUUCUCAUAGGGCUUUCAAUAUUUUUACUGCUCUCUUACAUAUUUGGCAUGUAUGGACCUUUACCUUUUGAUGAUGUUUGAGGUCACUGGGGUCAAGGUCACUGAGGUUUAUAAUAGAUUUUUCCGUCACAAUUUUGUUACAGUUUGUAAUAGCACCUUCAAUAUUUUUCUGAUCUCUUACAUAUUUGGCAUGUAGGUACCUUUCAUGGACCUCUACUUUUUGAUGAGGUUUGAGGUCACGGGGGUCAAGGUCAACGAGGCUAAUAAUAGAUUUUUCUGUCACAAUUGUGUUACAGUUUCUCAUAGGCUAGCGCCUUCAAUAUUUUACCGAUCUCUUACAUAUUUGGCAUGUACCGGUAGGUACCUUGCAUGGACCUCUACCUUUUGAUGAGGUUUGAGGUCAUGGGGCUCAAGGUCAAGGUCACCGAGGCUAAUAAUAGAUUGUCUCAAGGUCACACUUUGGUUACAGUUUCUCAUAGUGCCUUCAAUAUUUGAUCUAUCUCUUAUAUAUUUGGCAUGUAGGUACCUUGCAUGUUCUUCUACCUUUUUGAUGAUGUUUGAGGUCACUUGGGUCAAGGUCACUGAGGCUAAUAUUAGAUUUUCUCAAGGUCACACUUUUUUCCACACAAUUAAACCAUAUAUCGACAAAGCAUCAUUGUGGAGCAUCCAUCAGUUUUACUGAUAUCCUUCUUGUAUGAGCUGUCUGUGUUUAAUUUAGACUUGUGUAUUGCUUUAUGGGUUUACAAGACAAUUCAGGGAAUGAACCUAUUUUCAUUAUUUAUUAGAUUGUUUGUUUGCAUUGUUAUGCCCUGACUCCCCUUUGGUCUGUUGCAUUCUUCUGCAUAUGUUAAAGCCCUGUUUUACAAAAAACAACAACAGAACAACUGUUAUUAAACCUGUGGCAGGGUAACUCCACAAAAUUUGCAUCUAGAGUGGCAGGAAAGAUAAUACAAACAUUUUAAUCAGCAUGUUAAUUUGCGUCCUUGGGUAUUUGCAACAAGAGCAGGUGUAUUGCCUCUUCUUUCAAAACAUAACCUUUAAAAAACUAGAAUAGCUGCUAGUGUGAUCUCACUUGUAAUUGACCAAUAUCGCAAUGUGAUUUUGUGCUAUUGGCUAUUUUUUAACAUUAGUUUAUUCUAAGACAAAUGUGUAAUGUGGGCGACAAAAUUUUUCUACAAACACAAGGCUAGUUUUUAUUUAGUUUGUUUGAAAAUUGUACAAAUGUUGUUCGUUUUUGUCCACAAAGUGGAAUUGUUUAAUGUUUUUUCUAUUGUUUGUUGGCACCAGUAAGAUGAAUGCAUCAGUAUGCAGUGCCAAUAAUUGCAGGUUAACUGACUUUGCCUUUUCAAAAGUUUUAAUUCGAUUUUUACCAUACAUAUAAGAAUGUUUGUGUGCAUAAUAUAGGCAAGUUUUUUGGUGCACUACUUUUUAUGCUCCCCAAAAAAUUAUUUUGGGGGCAGCAUAUAGUCACCGCUUCGUCUGUCCGUGUGUGUGUCUGUCUGUCAGUCCGUGCACAAUUUUUGUCCGGGCUAUUUCUCAGCAACUAAUGACCGGAAUUCAAUGAAACUUUAUGGCAAGCUUCACUACCAAGAGGAGAUGUGCAUAUUAUCAGCGGAUUCUGGUCGGAUGAUUUUUCACAGAGUUAUGGCCCUUCGAAAAUUUCUAUUAAAAAAUUCUUGUCCCCCCAACUACUGUGCCCUUUUAUAUCUGAAUAUAUAGUGCAAUAUUGUGACAAAAAAAACUUUGGGGAGCAUCACCCGUCUCCAACGGUUUCUUGUUUGUAACAGGAAGGGACAAAUAAUACAAAACUUGAAACACGGUUCAGGGGACUAUUUGUUAACUCUGUAAAUGCCACAUUUAUUGUCAAUUCUUAAUGAAAAUUGCUCAGAACAUUUUCCCCAAUGUUAAAUCAUUAGAGUUCGAAUCUGGGUCACAAUUGGUCAGAUUGUGAUCUAGGCCAAGUUCGAAAAUGGUUCCUGUCUGUUGAAAGACAUGGCCACCAGGGUGGGGGCAGUUGGCCUUAUUUGGGUGUAGUGAAACCUAGUUAACACUCGUAAAGUCGUAUAUUUGGUCCAAUCAUGAUUAAACUUGCUCAGAACAUUUUUUGUACUGAUAAUUUGGGCAGUUUUCCUAAGAUGUCUAUAGUGAAACCUUGUUAUAGCACUCUAAAAGUCACAUGUUUUAUUCAGUCAUGAAACCUGCUGAGAACAUUUAUAAUGAUGACUAAAAUAUAUUAGUUUUAUGGAUGCAGAGAAUUGAGUUGGAUUCAGGAAGACCUCAAAUGUUUUUAUUUAAAAAAAAUUGUCUAGUUAUUGUUAGUUUUAAUUAGUAUCUCAACAUUAAAAGAAAUGAUUGAAACUCAUAAACCAGCUUUUGUAAAACCAGUGUUGUUAAAUGAGUUUACCAUUAAUCCUGGUUCACUUAAUUAUUAAGUUUCAAUAUUUGAAACUAAUUGAUUUCAGAUACUGGAAAACACCAUUACCUUCAUUGUAGCAAAAUACAAACAUGUUUUUGAAUCUUCGCUAUUUAGUUGCCAAUUGAUGUAUGUCUUCCUUUUUGUGCACAUAAUAUGUAUAUGCAACAAGCUUUAGUGAAGCUAUACUAGUUUCAGUACAUAUCAUAGUUAUAUUUUCUAAACUAAACAAAUGUUAACAUUGUGUUUUCAAUCUUGACAUAUUCCUAAUUAAGAGUAAUUAUUUAUCAUUUGUAAAUAAUGGUACAUUGUAAAUAAUGGAAGCAAAUUGUACACACUAAUAUCUUAUUUAUAUAAAAAUAAAAUAUAUUUGUAUGUUUAUUAUAGAAUGUUUUGUUGGUCUAUAAAUUUAUGUUUUUCAGGGUGUGUUUAUUUCUUUAUUUUUGCGUUAUUUAUUUAUUUUUAUUUAAAUCCUUUAAAUAUAUACCUGUGCAGAAAACUGUUUGUGAAAGAAAAACUAAUAAUAAGGAUUAAUUAUAAUAAGAAUUAUUUUGUGUAUUUUGAAUUUGCUUCAUUAACAUUUUAAUGGUAGAAAGAUAUAAACAACAAAGUAAUCUUCAAAUGUCUUCUAUCUAUCCAUAUGGUUUGAUUUACAUGUACACUAUUAUAGAAAAUUUCAUUUUUUUACUUUUCACUGUUGAAAAAAAAGCAACAUUCUAAUGACCUGCAUUUGCUAUCUUUUGUCGAAACCUGUCUGAUUUACUUUUUGUAUUUUAUGUAAUGGUGUGCCAUUCAUUUGUAUAUUGUCAAAAAUAUCGGUAUUUGUUUUUAUAAAUUUUAAAAGCCCAUAUCCAGGGUGCAGGAUCGGGGUUUACACACGGGCUGGACAGAAUGUAAACAUUAUAAAGAGCUUUAUUUUUGCAAAUGUCUUAUGUUAUUGAAUUACAUUUGCAAAAAUCUGUAAUGCAUAAGACAGUUUUCUUGCAGUGUGUGCCAAUAUCUUAAGGUAUACGAAUAAAUCCUUGAAUAUGUCUGAAAUCGUUGACAAAAUUUCACAUUGUAUGAAGCAUAACCGUGUAGUACAAAUUGAAUUUUUGAACAAGAACAUUGGCGUAUUUAAUAAAGUAAUUCUGAUGUAUUUCACAUUGCCAUAAGCAGCAUAAAAACGUUUCUUUAAUGCACUCGUUGAAAAUCUUAUGAAAAAUUGUUUAAAAAAGUUAUUUGAAAACAAAAAGCACCACUUAUCGGUGUGUUUACAUCCAUUAAUGUUUAACCCACAGUCACAUGACCAUGCACCCUGAUAUGAUUGUUCCAUUUUUAAACUCAGAGACAAAACAGUACAAAUAUUCCUUUUUUAGCCCACAUCAGCAUAUAGUUCUCACAGUGAAUUAUGGUGGUCAGUUUUGGUCUAUUGUCUUGCUUUUUUUUGCGUGUCUUAAACCGUCAGUUCUUUAUCAAUGAUAUGUCCUUUUUAUUCCAUGUUGAUGAAACUUUAUCUUUAUCUAAGUAGAAAACCUUGUUACCACUCUAUAGAGUUCACAUGUAUGACCCAUUUGAAAUCAAACUUAAGCAGAACAAGCAAAUUCGUUGAAUUGAUAUCUCCCGCCAAUAUGCUUCUGGACACAAAAGUAUUACAUUUGACACUCAAAUAAGCAUUUUUUUAAGAUACAAAGGGCCAUAACUCUGUUAUUAACUGAUGGUGUACAAUGCCAUUUGGCGUGCAUCAUCCUCUUAUCCAUAUACAUACUCAUACCAAGUUUCAUUAAAAUCCGCCUAAGCUCUUUCAAGAUAUGGCUCCGGAUGGAAGGACGGAAAACGCCAAAACAAUAUCCAUCGGCCUAUGGUGAGGGAUAAUAAUAAACUUGACAUCUUGGCUGAGUAAGGUUCUGGCGCAAGGUCAUCCAAAAUUUAUGUAAACAGGUCAAAUGUUAGAAAAACCGUGUUACCAGUCUAGAUGCCACAAUUAUCACUCAAUUUCAAUGAAGCUUUGUCAAAAUGUUAAUAAUGACAAUACAUGUAUCUAGGUGGAUUUUGAAAUAGGGUCACAGUCAUACAUUUAGGUCACCAUGUCAAAUAUUUGAAAAAUCUUGUGAACACUUUAAAAGCCACAUGCAUGACUCAAGCUUGAUAACACUUUGUAAGAGUAUGUAUCUUGACAAUGUUGAGGCAAAGCUCCAAUCUGGGUCAUGUACAUCCAAAAAUAAGGUCUCAAAGAUAUCCUAAAAAAGAAAAUAACCAACAGCUAUCAGCUGGGUUAGAGUAACCCAGAUUUAUACAAAUGGCUAAACUCUUAUAACCUCUCAAUGAAACCCAUGUUAACAUCAAUCAUUAUGAAACAUGGUCAGAAUGUUAUCUUCUUACAAUAUCAAGGUCACAUGAAUUUGGUUAAAGUAGGUUUCAAAGUCAAGUUUUCCAGACUCGUACCUUGCUCUCUGGUCUGAGAACUUCAGAGCCAACGUUGCCUUUUUAGCUCGACUAUUAUAUAUGAAAUAUAUAUAGCGGAGCUAUCCUACUCACCCCGGCGUCGGUGUUAGAGUGAGCAUGCAAAUGUUAAAGUUUGCAUACCACCCCAAAUAUUUCCUAUGUCCCUUGACAUAUUGCUUUCAUAUUUGGCAUACUUCUUUACCAACAUGACCCCAACCUAUAAACAAGAGCAGACAAAUGUAUCAAGCAUUUUGUAAUAAUUAUGGCCCUAUUUUCAAUUAGAAUACAUGUAUGCAUAUUAUUAAUAACUCUAUGUUAAAGUUUGCGUACCACCCAAAAUAUUUCCUAUGUCCCUUGACAUAUUGCUUUAAUAUUGUGCCUACUUCUUUACCAACAUGACCCCAACCUAUAAACAAGAGCAGACAACUGUAUCAAGCAUUUUGUAAGAAUUAUGGCCCUUUUUCCACUUAAAAUAUGCAUAUUAUUGAUAACUCUAUGUUAAAAGUUUGCUUACCACCUCAAAUAUUUUCAAUGUCCCUUGACAUAUUGCUUUCAUAUCUUGCAAACUUCUUUACCAACAUGACCCCAAUCUUUAAAGAAGAGCAGACAACUGUAUCAAGCAUAUUGUAAGAAUUAUUGCCCUUUUUCCACUUAGAAUAUGCAUAUUAUUGAUAACUCUAUGUUAAAGUUUGUGUACCACCUCAAAUAUUUUCAAUGUCCCUUGACAUAUUGCUUUCAUAUCUUGCAAACUUCUAUACCAACAUGACCCCAAUCUAUAAUGAAGAGCAGACAACUGUAUCAAGCAUAUUGUAAGAAUUAUGGCCCUUUUUUGUCUUUGUAACUUUGAAUAUUUUGUUACAUUAUGUGUUUAGAUCCACUUUACUUCUAAAGUAUCAAUGCUAUUGCUGUCAAACUUCAACUGCUUUCUUACUAUCAUGAUGUUACUGUACCUGGCAAGUUGAAUUUGACAUUGACCUUUGAAUGACCUUUACUCUCAAGGUCAAAUUAAUAAAUUUUGCUUAAAUUGCCAUAACUUCUUUAUUAUGCCCCCCUUCGAAGAAGAGGGGGUAUAUUGCUUUGCACAUGUUGGUCUGUCUGUCGGUCGGUCCGUCCACCAGGUGGUUUCCGGAUGAUAACUCAAGAACGCUUAGGCCUAGAAUCAUGAAACUUCAUAGGUACAUUGAUCAUGACUCGCAGAUGCCCCCUAUAGAUUUUGAGGUCACUUGGUCAAAGGUCAAGGUCACUGUGACCCGAAAUAGUAAAAUGGUUUCCGGAUGAUAAUUCAAGAACGCUUAUGCCUAGGAUCAUGAAACUUGAUAGGUAGAUUGAUCAUGACUCGCAGAUGACCCCUAAAGAUUUUCAGGUCACUAGGUCAAAGGUCAAGGUCACCGUGACCCGAAAUAGUAAAUAGGUUUCCGGAUGAUAACUCAAUAACGCUUAUGCCUAGGAUCAUGAAACUUGAUAGGUAGAUUGAUCAUGACUCGCAGAUGACCACUAAAGAUUUUCAGGUCACUAGGUCAAAGGUCAAGGUCACGGUGACCCGAAAUAGUAAAUAGGUUUCCGGAUGAUAACUCAAUAACGCUUAUGCCUAGGAUCAUGAAACUUGAUAGGUAGAUUGACCAUGACUCGCACAUGACCCCUAUUGAUUUUCAGGUCACUAGGUCAAAGUCACGGUGACCCGAAAUAGUUAAAUGGUUUCCGGAUGAUAACUCAAGAACGCUUAUGCCUAGGAUCAUGAAACUUGAUAGGUAGAUUGAUCAUGACUCGCAGAUGACCCCUAUUGAUUUUGAGGCACUUGGUCAAAGGUCAAGGUCACGGUGACCCAAAAUAGUAAAAUGGUUUCAGGAUGAUAACUCAAGAACGCUUAUGCCUAGGAUCAUGAAACUUGAUAGGUACAUUGAUCAUGACUGGCAGAUGACCCCUAUUGAUUUUCAGGUGACUAGGUCAAAGGUCAAGGUCACAGUGACCCGAAAUAGUAAAAUGGUUUCCUGAUGAUAACUCAAGAAAGCUUAUGGCAAGGAUCAUGAAACUUCAUAGGUACAUUGAUCAUGACUCACAGAUGACCCCUAUUGAUUUUCAGGUCACUAGGUCAAAGGUCAAGGUCACAGUGACAAAAAACAUAUUUACAAAAUGGCUGUCACUACAACUGAGAGCCCAUAUGGGGGGCAUGCAUGUUUUACAAACAGCCCUUGUUUAAGAUCAGAUUUGAUUUAUACUUUGACAAAACAACACUUACCUGACAUACCACAAUGGACUCUACCCAUACCAUCCCCCACGCCCCUCCCCAGAAUCACCCCCCCCCCCCCUCAAAAAAAAAAUCUUUUUUUUUGCAAGAUCAUCUAUUAAAUGACCACACACGCACAUUAUACCCCCCUUUCCAUGAUGGCUUACGUUAUACUGUCAAGCACUUGAAUAGUCGAGCGGGUUGUCCUCUGACAGCUCUUGUUUGUUAUACAAACACGGCCGUUAAUCACGCGCGCCACCUCUUUUUAGAGACGCAUUGAUAAAUGAGCCAAUGCAACUUCCGAGGUGGCGCUCAGGCCCGUAUGUUUUGAAAUUUAAUGGAUGGUUUUACAGGGUGAUUAGAUUUUACAUUUUUUUCAACACAUUUCGCAAUGUUAAAAAAAUCGGCCAAUGUAGUACGAUUCGGCGAUUAUAAAUUCAUCUAAAAAUGUAAAGAAACAUACAAUCACAACCCUUUUGGAAACGUGAGAACCUUUAUAAGUUGUGGCAUGGUAGAAUUCCCUCAUUACAUAAAACGAUUGCUUUGAACCUGUGCAAGUAAAUGCGAGCACAAAAACAUCGGCUUCUAGCCGAUCUUAUAGAUAAAUUUGCAUUUUUCAAAAAAAGAUGGAGCCAAUGCCAAGGAGGUGGCGCUCAGAUUAGGAGAUGCCAAUGCACAUUUAUACUUUUCUAAUAAUAUAUUGAUCGUCUUUGUAAGAUAACAACAUUUAACAUGUAACAUACAAAAAUGUUAACGAAAAAAGACCGAGCUAUCUUCAUUUUUUUUUUUAAACAAUAUAAAUGAGCCUAAUUAAGAUUCGUUGACCUUGGCCUUUUAGUAAAUUAAGCAUUUGGAUUAACGGCCACAAAUCAUAGUUUCAAGAAGAAGUGUUAUCUUAUACUUAUUUUGUGAAUUAUCAUACUGAAUACAAUUAUUGAUGUCGUUGAAUUAUUUUGAUAAUGUUGAACAUUAAGUUAAUGGCGUGAUUGAGUAUUACAAAUUUUUGGUAUACAUUGUAUAUUUUUUAUUUAUGUUGGUGACUUCUCUAUUGAGUUGAUCACUUAUAUAUUAAAAAAACUACAUCUUAUUUAUUAUAGAUUGUGUUUAUGUUUUGUAAAGAUACAUGUAUGGGCCUUAGUAUGUACGUUGAAAAAUAAAUUUGAUUACACAAAUAACAUUAUCUAUCAAAUCUACGUCAUGUGAUAAUGUCAUUGCGAUACGACUGUUAAUUGAUACAUCCUGCAUUGGCGCCACCUCCUAAGCAUUGGCUCCAUCUCUUUUGGAAAAAUGCAAAAUUUUCUACUACGUCGGCAAGAAGCCAAUAUUUGUGUGCAUGCAGCAUCUAAUGUAUGUUGUACGCAAUCGUUUGAUGCCGUUAGCGAUUAAAUUGGGUGGACAUUUUCUCGUCACACAGGAAAAACUCAUCCAAAUGCUUUUUAAACUCCACCAUGCCAAAACUUAUAAAGGUUCUCACGUUUUUAAAUGGGUUGAGAAUUUACGUGUCUGUACAUUUUUGGAAGAAUUAAUCUUCGCUGAAUCGCACUACAUUGCCUGAUUUUAAAAAUAAUGCAAAUUAUGUUGAAAAAACAUGUAAAAUCUAAGCACCCUGUAAAAUUGUUCAUGAAUUUCAAAACAUCCGGGCCUGAGCACCACCUCGGAAAUUGCAUUGGCUCAUUUAUUAAUGCAUCGCAAAAAAAAGGUAGCAGCGUGAUUAACGGUCGUGACAAAUCGUUCUUAAUAAAGAAGAUGCAACAUUCAAAGAUUAAUUAAAUAGCUACAAGCAAUAUUUAAAAGGCUUGCAAAAGAGUUUGUAUCACUUUGUAAUUGUUAUGAAAUCAUUUCAUGCUUUUUGGGAAUUACAAAUAUAAAACUUUGUAUUAUCUCUGUAUUACCUCUUACCCUAUAUACCUCUGCGGUCUUUCUUAUUAGCAUGAUAGAUGUGUAGAUUUCUGUAUUGCCUCUGUUUGAGAAAUUUUCUGUGAAUCAUGUUGAACCUGCUUCAUCAUGUAUUGUGAUUAAUUUUUAUACCCCCAUUACCAUUGGUAAUGGGGGCUAUAUAGGAAAAAGUUUGUCGGUCUGUCUGUCAUGAAAAUUUCAUCAGAUCUUCACUAAACUUGGUGAGAAGUUGUAUCUAGAUUAUGUCUAGAUCAAGUUUUAAUAUGGGUAAUGCCGGGUCAAAAACUAGGUCACGGGGUCACUUAGUGCGUUUUAAACCGAAAGUUUGUCUGGACCAUAACUAUGUAAUUUAUCGUUAGAUUUGAAAUGAAUUGUUACAUUUGUUCACCAUCAUGGGACGGUGUGUUAUGUGAAAGAAGAAUGUUGAUAUCUCCAAGGUCAAGGUCACACUUGGAGUUGCCCAUUAAUGAGCUUGUCCGGGCCAUAACUUUUUCAUUUAUUGUGAGACUUAAAAUUCAUUUGGCACAUUUGUUCACCAUCAUUGGACGGUGUGUCAUGCAAACGAAUUACGUCGAUAUCUCCAAUGUCAAGGUCACAAUUUGAGUUCAAAGGUCAAAAAUGGCCAUAAAUGAGCUUGUCCGGGCCAUAACUAUGGCGUUCAUGGUGAGAUUUUAAAAUCAUGUGGCAUAUUUGUUCACCAUCAUUGGACGGUGUGUCAUUGGAAAGAAUUAGGUUGAUAUCUCCAAGGUCAAGGUCACACUUUGAGUUCAUAGGUCAAAAAUGGCCCUAAAUGAGCUUGUCCUGGCCAGAACUAUGUCUUUCAUUGCGAGAUUUUAAAUAUUAUUUGGCACAUUUGUUCACAAUCAUUGGACGGUGUGUCAUGCGAAAGUAUUACGUCGAUAUCUGCAACGUCAAGGUCACACUUUGAGUUCAAAGGUCAAAAAUGGUCAUAAAUGAUCUUGUCUGGGCCAUAACUAUGUCAUUCAUUGUGAGAUUUUAAAAUUAUUUGGUACAUUUGUUCACAAUCAUUGGACAUUGUGUCAUUCGAAACAAUUACGUCGAUAUCUCCAAGGCCAAGGUCACACUUGCAGUUCAAAAGUCAAAAAUGGCCAUAAAUGAGCUUGUCUGGGCCAUAACUUUGUCAUUCAUUGUGAGAUUUUAAAAUUACUCUGUACAUUAAUUUUGUUCACAGUCAUUGGACAGCGUGUCAUGCAAAAUAUUCUGUGUCAAUGCAGCAUGUGGGGGUAUACGUCACGUCUGUGACAAAGCUCUAGUUUAUACUGUCUUCACAAGAUGUGAGUCACAACCUUCUGGAGAUAACAUGGUCACAAAGAAUAAUUAUAGUAUGGUUACUCUAUUUUCUUUGUUUCUAUAGAUCCACAAUUGAAAUAAUUGAAAUUUGUAUUUGGGACCAGUUUGCUCAAGAUCAAGGUCUAUUUUAUUGAAAAUAAAACUUUCCACUGAA